GUCACGGAGAAUGUUUUAAGUGACUUGCUUUGGUGACUCGAAACUUGUGUACGCCAGAGGCUGCUCUUUCAACAGUCGAUUUUUUCUCCUGCCUGUGGCUCAUUUCCAUGCAAAGAGCCUGACAUCAGAGUACCUUUUGUUGCUAAAAGCUUUCUUUAGCUGGGGGCGUGAGCAGUGGUGAAACUGGGAGAGCUCAUUUGGAAGAAAGGGGUACUAGAAAGUUAUCUACGCGCUGAAAAGAAACCAUAGGCACCUAUUCUGCUAGCAGUGCCUUACAAGCUGACUUUCUGAGGGACUCGCUUUUAGAUGGAUGUGUGUCUGUUUGUUGGAAGGAAGAUUUUGCAAUGAAUCCUUUGCUUUUAAGCUUACGAGAACCCCCGCGGUGAAACUGUGGCGCAGACUUACCUUCUGCUACCCUGUUGCUGCAGCUCUACCAGAAAAGUUUUGGAAGGAAUGUCAGCUGUGCACAGCUCCUGGCUCCAUCAGCUAAGAGAGAACAGACCCUAGGGGAAAGCUCUAAUGACUGAGCAGGAUCUGGCAUCUGACCUGGAGAUUUUUUUUCCCCAUUGUCCUUGAAGCUUUCUUUUGGGAAGCAGUGAUUUGGCUGGUAGCAGAGAUCAGAUGAGAAGGCAUCGUGAAGCUGUUCAGAAGGACUGGGGAAGUGUUUGUUGUUGGUGUGUGGUGUGUUGAAGAGUCAUCCCUUUGACAGAAAGUUGUUGUUGGGAACAAGUAUUAAGCUCUGCUGAGGCAGGGAAUCCAUCUAGUCAUGGAGGAGGAACAAGCAGCCUGCCCCGAACCCCAGUCAGACAGCAUGAUGUCUGAUGCAUUCUCCAAACUGUGGACAGAUGUAAUGGGAAUACUGGAUGGGUCACUGGGUAACAUCGAUGACCUGGCACAGCAGUACGCAGAUUACUAUAACACCUGUUUUACUGAUGUGUGUGAGAGGAUGGAGGAGCUGCGCAAACGGCGGGUUUCUCAAGACUUUGAUAUGGAGAAACCCGAUGCCAGCCCCUCAUCGCUACAGCUGCGGUCCCAGAUUGAAGAAUCACUUGGACUCAGUAGUGCUGUGUCAACACCAGAGAGUGAAAGAAAGCUUUCCCUUCAUAAAUCAAGCUCUGAAGAAAGCUCUGUAGGGAAAGCAGACUGGAAAAAGAAGAAUAAGUAUUUUUGGCAGAAUUUCCGAAAGAAUCAGAAAGGAAUAAUGAGACAGACUUCAAAAGGAGAGGAUGUUGGUUAUGUGGCAAGUGAGAUCACAAUGAGCGAUGAGGAACGGAUCCAGCUGAUGAUGAUGGUGAAAGAGAAGAUGAUCACCAUUGAGGAAGCACUUGCUAGGCUGAAGGAAUAUGAGGCCCAGCACAGGCAGUCAGGCAUCAUAGACUCUACAGAUUGGCCUGAUGGCUCGUACCCGACAUUUGACGGGUCUUCCAAUUGUAAUUCAAGAGAACAAUCGGAUGAUGAAACAGAGGAGUCGGUGAAGUUUAAGAGGUUGCACAAGCUGGUUAACUCUACUCGCAGAGUCAGAAAGAAACUAAUUAGGGUGGAAGAAAUGAAAAAACCCAGCACAGAAGGCAGUAGUUGUAUUCCCACUGAGUUCAAAGGAGCUAGUCCUAUUCCAACUGAUACAAGAGCUUUAGAACAGGCCCGUCAGCCAGAGCUGAACACUUUGUUUCUUGCUGUGGAAAGAACCUGUAGCUUUGGAGGAUUUGACUUGACAAAUCGUUCACUGCAUGUUGGAAACAACAGCUGUGACCAAACGGGCAAAGAAGGAGACUUCAUUUAUAAAGAAGUGAUCAAGUCGCCCUCUGCCUCCCGUAUAUCUCUUGGCAAAAAGGUGAAGUCUGUAAAAGAAACCAUGAAGAAAAGAAUGUCUAAAAAAUAUAGCAGUUCUCCGUCAGAGCAGGACUCCAGCCCUGAUGUAAUGCCAGGUUCUCUGCAGUCACCACAGCCAGAGACUGAUUCUCUGGAUAAGCCCAAACUGAAAGCUGGUGGUUCAGUAGAAAGCCUGAGGAGCUCCUUAAGUGGUCAGAGCUCAAUGAGUGGUCAGACAGUGAGCACGACAGAUUCCUCAGCCAGCAACCGGGAGAGUGUCAAGUCUGAAGAUGGUGAUGAUGAAGAGCCUCCCUAUAGGGGACCUUUUUGUGGACGAGCCAGGGUUCACACUGAUUUUACACCCAGCCCUUAUGAUACUGACUCCCUGAAACUUAAGAAAGGUGAUAUCAUUGAUAUAAUCAGCAAACCUCCCAUGGGCACUUGGAUGGGCCUGUUGAACAACAAAGUGGGCACUUUCAAAUUUAUCUAUGUGGACGUGUUAAAUGAGGAGGAAGAGAAGCCUAAGCGGCCCACAAGGAGACGACGGAAAGGAAGACCACCUCAGCCCAAGUCUGUUGAGGAUCUCCUUGAUCGUAUUAAUUUAAAGGAGCACAUGCCCACUUUUCUAUUCAAUGGUUAUGAAGAUCUGGACACUUUCAAACUGCUGGAGGAGGAAGAUCUGGAUGAACUGAAUAUCCGAGACCCUGAGCACAGAGCUGUUCUCCUCACAGCUGUGGAGCUUUUACAGGAAUAUGAUAGUAACAGCGACCAGUCGGGGUCUCAAGAGAAGCUUCUCAUAGAAGGCCAGGGACUGAGCAGAUGCUCCCCCCGGGAUUCUGGCUGCUAUGAAAGCACUGAAAACCUGGAGAAUGGCAAGACUCGGAGGACCUGUCUGUUGCCCACAAAGUCAGCCAGUGAGCACUGUUUUAACAGAAACCAACUGCCAAGUUAUCCAACUCUGCCUUUGACUAAAUCGGUAGAAGCUCUCCAGCAAGGACAGAAGGAAAUACGGUUGAGCUGCUUUCAUCAUGCUCCCAAGAGCUGCAUCAAGCCUUCAAGCAUCACAGGUUUGAAGAAGAAUCGCAGAAGUUUACCAGCAACUGUCUGCCGGAGCUGUGAGACUCUGGAUGGCACCCAGAAUGCGGCCAAGUGGCCAAGAUCUCAUUCACUGGAUGACCUCCAAGGAGAAUCCAGCACUGACCUACCGAACACUAGUAAGAAAGUAGAUUCUUUCCCUCAGGAUGCACUGGAUGUAGCAAAAAAGACAACUGGCUCCGUCCUGAAGCCUAAGGCUCCUGGGGGUGUCAUGAGGGCAGAAGAGAAUCUACCUAAGCAAAAUAAAGGAACUGCUGAUUCUCAGAAGGGAAAAACUAGGAAAUUGGACUACUCAGUAACAGACACUUCAAGUGGGACUCCUACUCAGUACCUGCUUAAACGCUGGGAGGCUCUGCCUACUUCAGUUACACACAACAUAACAAGGACACCUCUGGAAAAUCAUCAUAAAAGCAGUCAUGACCUUGAAAGGGCUGAUAAUUCUCCAGUCCUCAAGGAAGAUCUGAAAGCUGAGCAAAAGGGCGUGAGCGAGGCAAGAAUUCAGUCAAAAAAUCUUUCACGGCCGCCACCAGUCCCUGCCAAAAAAAGCCGAGAACGCCUUUCUAAUGGACUAUAUCAUCCCCCUCUGACCCUAAGUGGAGCCCUUUCAAGUCCAGAUGCACCAUGUUUGCCGGUAAAAAGGGCCAGUCCAUCCAGCCCCAUUGAUUGCCGUGUAGUACCUGACUGUAGGCCCUCUUCUGAGCAGCCCAGUACUCCUCCAAGCACACUGCCCCCUUGGCUAGCUGAGCUUUCUGAGACUGCUAGCAUUCAGCAACAUGUGGUAAAGCUAGGCCCUGCUUUAGCCAGGAAAGUCUCUUGUACUAGAGGACUGGAUCUGGAAAUGUUGAUAGAAAACAAGUUGCAGUCUGAAGAGAUUGAUCUCACAGAGGAACCAUAUUCAGACAAGCAUGGUCGCUGUGGGAUUCCUGAAGCUUUGGUGCAGAGAUACUCUGAAGACCUAGAGCAGCCUGAAAAGGAUGUUGCUACAAACAUGGACCAAAUCCGGGUGAAGCUGUUGAGGAAGCAGCACCGCAUGGCAAUUCCGAGCGGAGGGCUCACUGAAAUCUACCGAAAACCUGUAUCCCCUGGACAUAUCACAUCUAUAACUGACUGGCUGGUUUCUAUUGGCCUGCCUAUGUAUUCUGGCUCACUCACAGAAGCAGGAUUCAACACGCUGAGCAAAGUGCCUUCUCUGUCACAAACUUGCCUUCAAGAAGCUGGCAUCACAGAGGAGAGGCACAUAAACAAGCUCCUGGCAGCAGCAAGACUCUUCAAACCCCUCAAUCCAGAGGCAAUUUAACAUGCCCUGGAAUGUGGCACUGUCUGAGACCCCACUGCUUCUUACUGCACCAGUUUUGCCCUAAUUUCUCCACACAACAAAUGGGAUCAAGCAAGUGGAUCCCAGGAAUAGGCAAAUAAACUCCUCAGAGGAUCGUCCUUUUUUCUGCCUUUAGCAACUAAAGAAGAAAAGAAGCAACCGCCAGGUAACAGAAGUGUGGUACUUCCUUAGUCCUCAACAACAAAGUAUUUUUAGUUCUGAAAGUGCACAGGGCUAGCCUGUGGUUACACAGCAUCCCAGGUGACCAUUAAGCUAAAGGGGCCCUUGCACACUCUCCACAAGAUUGUGACAGCUACACCCGCUGUCAGCUCUGUUUCUGUUGCAAGGUCUCUAUGACUAGAAGGCCCACUGUAAUGCUGGGUCCCAGUUACCAAGAGUCAGCCCUGAAAGCCACGUACAAGCCAAGGUGCAGCUCACUGGCAAAAGCUGUUUAGCAAAUCAUCUUGGUUUUUUUGUUUGCUUGUUUUGUUGGUUUUAGCAAUCAAAUGCUAAAUACGUACCCUUUUUGUCAUCCUCUCUGUGGCUUGGUAUAGUUCCUAUAGACCAUAGAGCCUUUAGCUAGGCCAGAAUAAUGAACUGGAAUUAGUUUACAAUAUUGACCAUUUCUGUUGUUCCAGUACAACUAACCUAACAGAGUCCAAAACUCCUUUUGUGUAUAGAAUUGGGUCAUUUUUGUAACUGCUUUCUCGCAACCAGCUUUUUUUUAUUUGCCUUAAAAUCAGAUUGCCAGCAGUUAUCUAGUGUUCACUUAUCUGUAUCCAACCUUGCUUCAUUCUGUCGUCAUUCCAUGGCACUUAGGGUGAUUUUCAGUUAAAGUAACUUCUGUAAAUUGUCUUGUAACAUCUUCUGUUUGUAGAGGUGCUUUUGCAAAUGCAAAGUUUCCAUUGUCAGGCUAACUGUUCACAGCAGUCUGCAUUUGCUGCUGUUAUUAAAAUGUUCAGAGUUAUCUUGCCUUGUAUAUAUGUAACUGCUUUUCAUUUUAAUCAUAUUUUUAUGUACUGUGUUAUACUGUCAAUCAUUAUACUGCAGCUUUGACUUGGUAUCCUGACCAUAUCAAUUCAAAACAUUGUUUUUUUCAAAGGAAAGAUUGCCCUGGGGAAAUAAAAUGCACCGAAGAAGCAAACUGUGUCCCAUAGAAAGUAUCAGAGCAGUAAUUUCACUGCCUAGAGGAAGAAAACCUCAGUGUCUUAUGAAUUAUGCUGUCAUUUUACAAAACUUGAUGUCCCCCAGUAUCGAGUGCUUGAAAUAUCUUCUCUUCAGAAGAAAGUGUCUUUCUGGAAUGCUGGACAAACCAUUUUUUGUCCAUAAAAUAAUGAUCCUAUUUUCUGUCUAAUCCACUGUAAAAUCUCCCAUUCACAGCUGUGGAUGCUAACAGAUUUUAUUUUUGUACGUGGGCACUCAUUUUAUAUACCAAAUACAGAUCACCAUGAAUAGUAUUAACUAGAUUUUUUUCUUUGGUGUCUAUAUCCUAUGUACUUUUCUUUAACUUACAGUAGUGGAAACUCUUCAUUGUAGACCGAGUAGGUUUUCCUUUGGCAGGUGAAUUGAAAGAAGUAGUCUAGUGAUCUGAGCACAGGCCUAGAAAUCUAUUUCUAUUGCCAGCCCUGCCACUACCUUGCCAGGUGAAUUCGGGCAAGUCACUUCCCCUCUCUGAGACUCUAUUAUUCCACUCAUAAAAUGAGGAUAAUGAUGCUUACUCAUCCUGAUAAAGUGCAUUCAGACUGAUGAAUGAAGUGCUGAAAGUGCACUAUUAUUAUUGCCUACCCUAAAUCGGGUACGUAGUAAAUUUUACCCACGGCAAUAAUCUAGCUCUGAGUGUAAUAUUAAGUGUCAGUUUUAUUUACCUAAUUUCAUUUGUCACCAGCCUCUGUUAUUUUUAGCACCUCUGCCCUAAAUUCUGCCAUCAGAAUUAAAGACACCAAUGUGUAUAGCAUAACUAAUUCACUUAUUCAUAUCAUCUGAAAUUGUUCUGGAUCCAGAGCUCCUCUGGAUUUUGUCUAAAACCUUAUUAGUGCUUUUCUCUGGGGAACUAGUAAGCUCUAGUGUGACAGCAUCAGGGAAUGUGUGACAUAACUGAAUGUUUUGCAUAGGUGGCUAAACUCUUACAUAGGAACAAAGUGCUUAUAGUAUGGGCCUUGGUUGUUAUAGCAAUUAUUGGACUGUCAUCCCUCUCUAAGGCUUAAAGGGAAGCCUACAGAAAGCAGUAGCUGGAAGGAGUGCUGAGACAUCCACUGAUAGCUGGGGUCACCAAUGAUUACAAGUAAGCAGACUGCAGAAUACCCAUUAGCAGUUAGCAGGGUAAGGGACUGCUUACUAUGCACAGUUUGAGUAUGAAGCAUCAUCUGAUACAAAAGGAAAACAAUCUUUGCUCAUUGUGGGAAAAAGAAGUCAUAUAAUUUUAAAAAUCCCUCACCUUCAUUUUUUCCCCAACCUGAUUAAUAACAGAAGAAGAGUCACAGCAGAGAAGGAAACAAUCUGGAUUUUUGAAGCUCUCCAUGUCCCAAACACUCAUUGUAAUUUCUGUACCUUUUGAAUGAUAUAAUAGCACGGAGAAAUCAAAACACACCUAUCAGGACUUUGCCAUGAGGAAGCCAUUCUGACUUGGAUUCCUCGAGAUUUUUGUUGUUAAUAUUGCUCUUUGAUCUGUUUUUUAAAGUCUGCCAUUCAGUCUUCUUUUGUGUUAUAUUUUUAGCAUAUGUUUUUAUUUUAGAAAAGCCUUACACUGCUCAGUGUGAGCUUCUCCUGCUGGUUUCAGUACAGUUCAAUGGACAGGUGGGGGAUUGCCUGGUGUAACAACAAUACCCUAUUCUUUACAAUUUCCUUUUGAAGUGCAACACUCCAAGCAAAAGUUAGCUCGUUGGCUAUUGGGAAGCACAAAAGAAGCCUGCUGAUAAAAUCCUAAUCUGCUCUGCUCAAACAAGUACUGCUCUGUGUCCACGGUGUGCAAUUCUAACUUGAAAAGCUAUUUAGUAAGGGAAGAAGCAUUCCCAUAAUGUUAGCAAGCAACAUUACAAUUGUACGCUCCUAUUAAUGCCAGUGUAUUACCAUCUGAGUAGCUAGGAUAUACUCUGUGUCCCUGGCCCUGUGCUCUUGUACGAGACUGGGAGCAUGGGAAUGUGAUCAAAGGCAUUAAGUAUUAUAUUAUUUAGCCAGGUCGUUCUCCCUAAGAGCAGCAAUAGAGGUCAAUUCACCGAGUCACGGCUGUACAGUUGUACUGUAUUAUUUUUAGAAUAAAUAAUACUUUUGGUCCAAGAUACUGUCAUCCUUAAUUGAUGCCCUCUGGGGAAACAAAACUGUCAAGCAAGUUAUGUAACAACUAACAAUGUUGCACUUUCUGUAUAUGAAAUCAGUAUUUAAAUAACUUAUUUUUCUCCAUUUGCUGUUCUUCAAUGAUGUAAGUAGCUGUAAUAUACCAGUACCCAAUAUGUCCUUACAGUUUGCUUCAACCUGAGAAAGCUGUGUAUUGUAAAGAAAACAACAAUAUGAAUGUGUAAAGAUUAUUGUGCUCUUUCAUUUAGCAAAAAAAAAAAAAAGUUGACAAAAGGGUUUUCCUGUGUAUCAAACCUUGUCUAUAAUUCUGUCAUACUGUUCAUAGACAAAAAGUAAAUACAUUUCCUCAG